AUGGAUCAGUGUUCGCCAGGUAUUGAGCAUCGUUUGGACCAAGGACGAAGUCGACGCGCUUGUGAAGCGGUUGAAAGCCUACAUAAGAGCUGGACACAGCUAUUCUCGUGUCCAACCUUCGAAUGGAUGUUUGAAGAGCCCAAAGCAGAGACUAAGCCCCUGCCAUGGACCAAUUUCGUGGAGUGGCUCCGACACGGUGAUGGUAUAUACUGGGUUAAUGGGAAAGCAGGCUCCGGAAUGACAAUAUUCAUGAAUGCAGCGGUUGGUUGA